AUGACCCAACUAACAACCACGUUUUCAGGUGCCUCUAUAACAAUAUCCUCACAAGCAUCCGCAGAUUCAGCAUUCGACAAAUGCAGCAGCAUAAGCGGCAGCGUGACAAUCGCUCCCUCCGCAUCAGGGACCCUAGCCCUCGACGGACUGGAGCGCAUCAGCGAGGACCUGAUCAUCGAGUCCACGGAUCUCGUCGGUAUUUCUAUACCUGAUAUCGAGGAUGUCGGCGGCUCAGUCACUGUCACAGGGAACGAGCAACUUAAUCGUCUGAGUCUAGGUAGUUUGUCCAGUAUAGCCGGGGAUCUAGAGGUGAAGGGGAACAAUGCGCUGGCGGAUCUCGUGAUGAAUAGUUUGGAGGUAGUCCGGGGAGUCGGGUCUCUUUCUGCUAUCUCUGCGGCUCUAUUUUCCUUCGAAGAACUUGAACGCGUUGGCGGGGAAUCGGAGAUCGUUUCCACAGGUUCGGCUGGAUGUGCGGGCAUCGACGCAUUGAAUCAGGCUGGUUCGGAAGAAGCUGAGGGCGAGGUCUUUCGGGGCUCGUAUACCUGCGCUACUACGAGUGCCUCGCCGACAUCUACAUCAACCUCUACAGAUGAGGCGACAGACUCCAGCGCCGGCUCGGGCCUCGGCGGCGGCGCAAUAGCAGGUAUCGUUGUCGGCGUGGUCGUCGGCGUGCUCAUAAUUCUCAUUCUCAUUUGGCUGCUUCUCCGCAGGCAGCGGAAGAACCCUGUGAUUCACGGCGCUAAUGCUGCUGUCAUUGGCGGGGGUUUCUCAAGUGGUGCAGCGGCUGCCGUCAUGGCGAAGUCGAAGGGCGAGGAAAAAGGCCUCAACCACAACACAAGCCUGAGCACGAGUCCAAGGGAGGGCUCUGCGCCGGUGUCAGCAGCAGCAGGGGGAGCAGGAGGAGGAUCGAUACCACGCCGCCCUGUCUCAAUCGCCACAACGUCCAUGUCCUCACCAAGUACCUAUCAUCCAUCGUCAACGUUUCCCUCCUCCUUAACAGCUGGCACAUCGAAUCGGUCCUCAUUGCCUCUUCCAACAGCACUAAUACCAGGAACUAACGGGUCUUCGAAUCCUCCAGGCAGUAGACCGAGCGACGGAGGCGAUGCGCUCUUCUUCUUCACCACCACGCCUUCUGCAGGGCGACCGCCUCCGCGUCCAGCACGUCAGCCAUCCGAAUCUGAUGUCCCAAUGCUGGAUAGUGAGAAUGUUCAUGAGGUUUCGGGGGUUGCGGUACCGGCCAGGGAAGAAAAGAGGUCAGAAAGGGUUCUUGAGGAAGGAAAAGUGUUUGAGCUGGAUGGGGGGUUCGAUGGGGCGAGACAUCAGAGGGCUAUAAAUGGGGAGCCUGAGGUGGAUGCCAAACAGUAG